GACGAUGAGGAGUUUGGGAUUCGCUCGCUUUGGGGUUUGGAGGAACCUGCUGCAGGUGUGGAGGAGAGGUUACCAUGGCAACAGGAAGGGGGAGGGGUUUGUUUUGGGAGGCCUUUAUGUGAUUGGACCAGAGAAUCAGGGGAUUCUGCUGGAGCACCAUGAGAAGGAGUUUGGAAAUAAAGCUGCUCUCUCUGCGGUCCGGACGGCUGUCAGCCGGAUUCAGAAAACAGAAGAGACACGAGACAAUUAGAUUCAUAUCAAAAC